AUGGAAGACCAAGAUAUUGCCCAAGGUGCGCAAAAUGAAGAUUCUCAAAUUCCUCAUUUCGAAACUUUGGCCGAUGGGAUGGCGCCAUGGGUUAGUUUCUUAUAAAAACGGGAAUUAAUUUUUCAUAAAAUUAUCUGUAAAAACUAUCAUUUUUUUGAAAAAAAUUUUUUUACAGGAAACAGGAAGUUACUAUUCUUUCCGAGGCAUACAAGACGAUCUUUUUCAAAUGCCCCUUUCUGAAACCUCUGCGGAUGAACAGGAUCUAUCGGUUAGUUUCUUUUUGAAAACUAUAAUUACUUAAUAAAAUUACUUUAAAAAGCUUCCGAUCUUUUAAAAAUGGAUUUACAGGACAUAGAAAGUUACUAUUCUCUUCAAGACUCACAUGAAGAACUUUCUGAAAAAGUCUCAGUCUGAAACUUCCGCUGUUGAAAAGACACAACGGGUUAGUUUUUAGUUUAAAAUGAGAAUCCAUUUUUUGUGAAUAAAGUCUAUAGGAACCUAUCAGUCAUCUUAAAAAAGGUUUACAGGAAAAACCUAUCGACACUUCCCUUCAAGACUCCCAAGAAGUACUAUCUCGAACGCAUUCUCCUGAAAUAUCCGCCGAUGAAAUGGCACCAUGGGUUUUUUUUUCUUGCUCUUUAGAAUCUUUUAAAUUCUCUCAAAACAUGUUUACAGGAGAAACCAAUUUACAAUACUCCUGAAAGCUCACAAGAAGAAAUUCCUGGAACGCCUUACUCUGAAACUUCCGCCUGUGAAUUGGCAUCAUGGGUUAGUUAUUUUUUUCAAAAAAACGAAAAUAAUAUUUAGUACUCAACCUUUGAAUUUUCCUUGAAAAAGUUUUACAGGAAAAAUCCGGUUUAUAAUUCUCUUCAAAGCUCACAAGGAGAUCUCUCUCAGGCGCCUCUUUUUCGAUAAUUCCAUCGGUGAAAUGGAGGCUUGUUUUAGUUCAAAAAGUGAUUUGUGUUGAAAUGUGGUAACCUCCUAAUUUUUUUGAACUCAUCUUUACAGAUACACUACAAGUUUUUUUGAUAUUACAAUGAAGAAUUAUAAUAAUUGAGGGAAUAUUCUGUCUAUCCUCAAAUGGUUCUUUGAGAGUAACUUUAAAAGAAGGGCGACUGGAUUAUUUCCUUAAAAGUCCAGUAUUUUCAAUUGAUAUAUUUUUGUCACAUUAUUUUCAGGUACAAGGAUUACCUCGACAACUACCAACCCAGAAAGGGCAACAAAUUGAAACGGAAGAUUUUCAUCAAAAUGGUUUGAAAACUCAGGUAAAUUUUUUGUCUCGCACGAAACCGAAAAAAAUUGUUCCGUUAAUUCUCAAUGGGAAAAAAAGUAGCUUUGUUUUCGAAACGUUUGUGUGUCUCAAAUUUUUUCUUCGUCUAUCUUAAAACGCAGUUUACAGGAGAGAAAUGAGGCCCAAAAGAUUGAAACUCAGAAAAAGACUCGAAGAAACGUGAUUUCAAGAUUUUUCGAGAAAGGAAAGAAGGUUUCAUAUUUCGGAAGAAAAAUUUGAGAUAACAGUUUUUUGAGUUUUUCGGAUAUGUAGGAUAUGUAAAGAAGCACACUACUUCAAUGAUUCUUGUUUAAUGAAUCUCAGGAAGACGUUUACAGGAAACAAACGAGACCCAAAAAAAUGAAGAACAGAAAGAGACGCAAAAGAACUUGUUCUCUAGACUGUUCGGGAAAAGAAAUAAAUCUCAAGUAAGUAUCAUAUUUUGAAAGAACAACUUAAAAAUAAUAGUUUUUCUGCGCUUUUUUUCAUAAAAAAAUCUUGUUCAGGUCCAAGGAUUAUCUCGAGCCCCUUCGGCCCAAGAAGGACAACAAAUUGAAAUGGCGGCUCUCGAUCAUAACGGUCUGGAAAUGCAGGUAUUUUUACUUCUCAUAAAACCUAGGGAAAAGGUGCGAUAAUCUUCAAUGGGAAAAAAUCAACUUUUUUGAAAGUUUUGUGUAUCUCAAACGGAUGAUCCUUUUGUCUCAAGACGCUGUUUAUAGGAAACAAAGGAGUUCAGAGGCUCGUGAGGGCCUCAAGUGCCUUUUAUUUAUUUAUUUCAGGCUUAAUGCCAAAUUUUUCUCUUUUUUUUCUGUACAUGUUAUUUUGUUCUGCCUGUAAAUAAAUAAUAUUAUAUAAAAAAAUCAACUUUUUUUGAAAAAGUUUUGUGUAUCUCAAACGGAUGAUCCUUUUUGUCUCAAGACUCUGUUUAUAGGAAACAAAGGAGGUCCAAAGACUCAAAGGAACGUGUUCUCAAGACUUUUCGGGAAAAAGAAAAAAAGUCUCAAUUAAGUUUCAUAUAUUGAAAAAAACUUUAAAUAAUAGUUUUUUUCUCGGAUAAGUUAAUAAGUCCUCUAUUAGGCUGAAUCUUACCUCUGUUUUUUUCAGGACUUGUGAGGUUGUCUACAGAAGACACUCAUAUUAUUAGUGAGCGUGUAAAAAAUACUUGAUUAUUAAAGUAAGCUGCCUCAAAAACCUCAUAUUUUCUAUUACUGUUUCGAAUUUUAGCGGGAAUCUCUUUCAGGUCCAAGAAUUUUCUCGAGCAUCUCCGGCUCAAGAAAGAGAACAAAUUGAAAUGACGGCUUUCUGUCAAAACGGUGUGGAAACGCAGGUAUUUUUCACUCCUUAUGAAAUCUAGUAAAGAGUUGAAGUCAUUUUCAACGGGAAAAGCCCUUUUUUGAAACUUUUGUAUAUCUCAAACCAUUCACCUCAAACCGCUGUUUAUAGGAGACAGAUGAGACCCAAAAGCUUGGCAAUCAGAAAGAAAUCCAAAAGAAAAAGUUUUCAAGACUUUUUGGAAGGGGAAAAAAGUUGCAAGUAAGUUUCAUAAAUCGAUAUAUUUUUCAAUUUUUUUCUCCCAAUUCAUUGAAUUUAGAACAUCCUGUAUUGGUGAUUCUAGAGAUAUCACGAGGCUGUUUACAGGAGUCAGAGUUUAUUCAAAAGCUUGGCGAUCAGCAAGAGACCCAAAGAAAUAUGUUCAUAAGACUUUUCGGUAAAGGAAAGAAGUCGAAGGUCCGUUUCAUACCAUAAAAAACAAUGAAAACUCUGAAAAUAUAAAGACUUUCACUGUAAGAACAAUUUAUUCAGGAAAAUCUUCAGCCUGCUCCUGCUCCUUUUCAGUUAUCGACAAAAGAAAGGGAGCACUUGCGUGAAGCCUCUCUCAGAGAACCUGAGGUCCCAGUAAAUUUACUCUCCUUCUUUCCGCUUUCUGACUUUUUCAUCUAAUUAUCAACUGAAUUUUAUUUCAGUUCCGACCAAUUGCUGAUAUCCGCUGGAACAUUCGUAGGCUGGAAGAAGAACUUGGUAAUUUCGAUUUAAGGACCGGUAAACCAAUGGCGCCACCGCCUCCAAAGGUCCACUCUUAUUCAACAUAUCGAACUAUUUUUUUUUUCAGCGGAAGCGAAGAUUUAAGGCACGGGGCUGCAUUUCUAGAGUAUGUUUUUUCCUCGAAAAAAAUUAAGAAUGAGUUGAAAUUUUCCCCUAAAAGUUGUUCUAAAAAAAUUAAAGUUUUUUUCCCUAAGUAAAGUCAAUAGAAAGAUGUUCAAAUAAUGUAGGCAAAACGCGAUAAAUUGUAUACUUGAAAUUUUCAGAACAAUAUUUGCAGGCAAAUAAAACGACAGAGAUGCCAGUUCUUCCGGUUCAAAGAGGACUUCAUCAGGAAAAUAUUGAAAUGCAGGAUUUUCAGGUAAUUUCCAAAACUUCCUCCAAACAAAGAUUUUUUGUUUUUUGAGUUUCCAAGUCGAAAAAUUUCGUUCCAUUUGUUUCGAAACUUUAGAAGAAUCCAGAAAAUCAAGAUGCCUCUACUCGAGAGCCUCCUGCCUAUGACAAUUGAGUUUCAAUGGAACUAUUUGAAAAAUUUUAGAUGACACGACUUUUUAAGCUAUAAAAAUUAAACCUUGUGAACAACAAAUUCUCUUCUUUUUUUCAUACUCCUCUUUAAUUGUCAAAGAACGUGUCUACAGGAUUUCCGUCCCACUGCAAUUCCCGGUUACCGUCUAACCGUCGCUGAGAGGGAACAAUUGCGGGAAUACCAAGCCUUCAUUGGGCAAGUUUAA